AGGCCUGAGGGGCGGGCUUGUGGGCCGCGCCGGCACCGCCCCCCGCAGUCCGGAGCCCGGGCGUUCGUGCCCCGACACCCCGGUUGAAGCGCAGCGUCGUCUCUGCCCUCCAUGGCCGCCGCGAUGCUCGCCCGGGCCUGCGGCCCCAUCCGCGGAGCUCUCCGUCCUCAGGACUGGCGUCGGUUCCAUACUAUUUACCAGUCUGUAGACCUGCCCGAGACACACCAGAUGCUGCGUCAGACGUGCCGGGACUUUGCCGAGAAGGAGCUGGUUCCCAUCGCGGCCCAGGUGGACAGGGAACAUCUCUUUCCGGCAGCUCAGGUGAAGAAGAUGGGCGAGCUUGGGCUUCUGGCCAUGGAUGUGCCUGAGGACUUAAGCGGUGCCGGCCUUGAUUACCUGGCCUAUGCCAUCGCCAUGGAGGAGAUCAGCCGGGGCUGUGCCUCCACCGGAGUCAUCAUGAGUGUCAACAACUCGCUGUACUUGGGGCCUAUCCUGAAGUUCGGCUCCAAGGAGCAGAAGCAGCAGUGGAUCACUCCUUUCACCAGUGGUGACAAAGUCGGCUGCUUUGCGCUCAGUGAACCAGGGAAUGGCAGCGACGCGGGAGCAGCCUCCACCACUGCCCGGGCAGAGGGUGACUCCUGGGUCCUGAAUGGCACCAAAGCCUGGAUCACCAAUUCCUGGGAGGCCUCAGCCACCGUGGUCUUUGCCAGCACAGACAGAUCCUUGCAAAACAAGGGCAUCAGUGCCUUCCUGGUUCCCAUGCCAACACCUGGGCUCACGUUGGGGAAGAAGGAAGACAAGCUGGGCAUCCGGGCCUCAUCCACGGCCAACCUCAUCUUUGAGGACUGUCGCAUCCCCAAGGACAACCUGCUGGGGGAGCCAGGGAUGGGCUUCAAGAUAGCCAUGCAAACUCUGGACAUGGGCCGCAUCGGCAUCGCCGCCCAGGCUCUGGGCAUUGCACAGGCCGCCCUCGAUUGUGCUGUGAACUACGCUGAGAACCGCAGGGCGUUUGGGGCGCCCCUCACCAAGCUUCAGGGCAUCCAGUUCAAGCUGGCGGACAUGGCCCUGGCCCUGGAGAGUGCCCGGCUGCUGACGUGGCGUGCUGCCAUGUUGAAGGAUAAUAAGAAGCCUUUCACCAAGGAGGCAGCAAUGGCCAAGCUGGCUGCAUCAGAAGCUGCAACUGCCAUCAGCCACCAGGCCAUCCAGAUCCUAGGUGGCAUGGGCUACGUGACAGAGAUGCCGGCCGAGCGGCACUACCGUGAUGCCCGCAUCACCGAGAUUUACGAAGGCACCAGCGAGAUCCAGAGGCUGGUGAUCGCUGGGCAGCUGCUCAAGAGCUACCGGAGCUGAGCCCCUCCAUAGGGGUGACCAGUGGCCCCCCACACACCCCCGGGAGCCGGGCUGGCCUGAGGACCGAGGGAAAGGGGGCGGGAGCCACGUGGCUUUAACCUCAACUCCCAGUUAGAGAGUUUGGGGCGGGCGGGCGGGGGCCCUGCCUCCUCUUGCCAGAACCACCCCGCGCCAGCCCUUCGGGUGUGGCCUGUCUUGCUGCUGUCACCUCUACCCACCCCAGACCAAACUGCCUGGGGGAAAGUCUCAGGGAGAAAGGAAAGGCGAGGAGGCUGUGACCCACUUCUGAAGACACCUGCCUUCUGCUCAGUUUCUCGGCUUUGCUCCCCCUUCACGUGCCUUAUUUUCUUCAUCUCAGUGGACCUGGGACCCAUCAGCUCUGUUCCCAUGGGCCCUGGUGCUCAGCAGGAGACCCAGGUGGAACAGGCUCUUGGCAGUGUCUGCUCUCUCCCUGAGGCCUGGGGUCAGGAGUGGAGUUGGGUGGGGGCCAGAAUGACCAGGCCUCUAAGUAGCAGAGUUGCGUUCUCAGGCCCCAGGGUGGUCUCGGGAAGGCUGUGGGCCGGGGUGAUGAUGGAAGCCGCCCAGAGCCCCAUAACCCAUUCUUCUCUUAAAGUGUAAGUGAGUGGGGGGUGGUGAUCUGAUUCGUGCUUUGGGAUAAUCAGAUCUGGGAAUUGGCUGUAAGUAAUAAAGCAUACCUGUCCCCAGA